AUGAAGCCUUUUCUGUUCGCAUUCUUCGUUGCUUUUGCCUCAGCCCGUCCUGAACCACCAGUGGGCUACAACUACCCAUCACCUUCGUCCGGAGGUCACAGUAUCGGUGGAGGCCUCGGAGGAGGUCAUGGUAUCGGCGGAGGCCUUGGAGGAGGUCACAGUGGCGGCGGAGGUUUUGGUGGAGGACUAGGAGGAGGACUCGGCGGAGGAUUAGGAGGAGGACUCGGCGGAGGACUUGGCGGAGGUUACUCCGUAGGAGGAGGUAGUGGAGGAGGUUUCGGCGGAGGUCACUCUUUAGGAGGAGGAUUCGAUGGCUCCUCAGGCGGUUCAGGAUUCGGCGGCGGAGCCGGUUUCGGUGGUGGAGCAGGUGCUGGUUACAGUGCAGGACCCACAGUACACAAACACGUCUACGUUCACGUCGCUCCUGAAGAACCCCAAGAACAACAAGCGCCCAGAGUACAUUCUCUAGCCGCCCCACAAAAACACUACAAAAUCAUUUUCAUCAAGGCACCAAGCGCGCCCAAUCAACAAGCUCCAAUCAUUCCAGCCCAACCUCAAAACGAAGAGAAGACUUUGGUUUACGUUUUGGUUAAGAAACCAGAAGAACAACAAGAUAUCGUUAUCCCAAGCCCUGCACCAACGCAACCCAGCAAACCAGAAGUUUACUUCAUCCGUUACAAGACCCAAAAGGAACAAGGAGGUGCUGGAGGUUACGCUGGUGCCGGUGCUGGAGUUUCUGGUGCUGGAGGUGAUUUAUCUGGUGUCGAUCUGUCCGGUCAUGGUGCUGGCGAUCUUGGCGGUGCCCAAGGAGGUUCAUUCUCAAGCGGAGGUUCUUUGGAAGGUACUGUUGUAGGCGGUUCAGGUGGUUCUUCCUCCAAAUACGGCCCACCCGGUUACCACAAAUAAAUCAUUUAAAUUCAACACCAUUCCACUUACGGGUAUUUUUUAAAUACACAUUAUAUAAUUUAUUUUUUCAAAUAGGCUGACAAUAAUUGUUUAUAAUGAGAUGUAUCUGAUCCUGUGAUGGGAGUAUUUGUGAUGUUUUGAGGACACUUAAUCCUUUGAUUUUCUGUAUAUAGUCAACUUAUUUUAUAUUUUCGCUUUUAUAAUGCUCAUUAGAUUUUAAGAAACG